AUGGGCAAUUGUAAAUCUUGUUCUCAAUAACCAUCACCCGAAAUCAAUUCAGGCGAUAUAGAAUAGCCUGGUAUUCGCAGUGAUUCAAUACGCAAGAUUAGUAAUCUGCUCAAUGAGUUUGAAACUUUCCAAAUUAUCAAAAAGACUUCAUAUUCAUAUAUUUAGGAUGCUGCCUUCAGGAAUGGAAGAGUCAUUGCAAAGAAAUUGAUCAAUACACAAGGGACAGUGAAACCUAUUAACUUAUAAUAACUACAUGAAGUAAACAAAGGGUUGGAAUAGUUGAAAGCCCUUGCAAAUAAAUAAGAUAAAUGCAAGAUUGAAUAGUAAAUGAAAUUCAAAUGUGGUUUGGAAUUAGGAGAUAAAUUCCCUUCCAUAAAAUUCCACAUGCUACUAAAGGGAGAAUCCUAAACACUAGUGCUGAAGGAAAACACUUAUACACUUAUUAAAUCUUGGGGUUAAGGUGAAUAGAUGGUCAAUUUCCAACAUGCAAUAGAAUUGGUUGAGUCCUUCAAAAAUGUUCCGUUUCAAUUGAUUGGCUUAACCAGAGGCAACGAAGAAUAGCAAUCAGUCUACGAGGAAUUAGUGAGAUCCAAUUCCGGAUGGCAACAACAUGAGCACAUCUAUGUUCUUGCCGAGGAACCUGAAAAUCACAUAUUCGAUAUCUUUUAUUAGGAAUAAGCCAAUGAUAUCGAGGAAGGAUAUCUUGCAAGUGCACUUUUGUUUUACGGUUAAAAUUUAAUUUGGAAAAGAUAUACACUGGAGUGGGACAUAUCAGCUGAUUCUGACGAAGUGGCUUUGGAAGUGACCAAACUUAUAAAUUCUGGAGUCAAACAAUAUGUAGGAGUCAAGGAAAUGAAUUUAAAAAGCACUAUAAACAAACAAUAGUAUCUGGAAUUCAAAAGAUUUAUUCUGCAAUAGCAACAAUAACAAAUGUUUACCAGAGGCUUAGAAGUCGCUAUAAAUAAAAAGACUAUCUAUGGCAAGGAUAGUAAGCAAGUUAUUUAUGAGAAACCAAUCAUUCAAGUGGCAUGUUCACCUAAGUCACUAUAAGUAACAGAAAGUUUCAUCAAACCUCUUUAAUAAAAACCAAUAGUUUGGGACAUUUAGAUUUUGAAGAAAAUGCUAUCUUAAAAAAUUAGAGAAAACAAUCUCAAUAUCGAAGCUUCUUUGGAAAAGCAGAUUAAAAUAUCUAUCAAUUAUGAAAACAGUUUGAUCCAGAUUCCUAAUUGGGAAAUGGCUACACUCACUCCUUAUUAUAAAUCUACACAAUAUAUCUCGUAAGUCAAGCAAUGGAUACAUGCUAGAGAUAGUAUCCUAAGUGAAGUUUAGAAUUCACAUGACCCUGUGCUGUAAAGAGUUAACUAAAUGAUUUAUCAAUUUUUCAAUAAUAUACCAACUGUUGAAAAAGUACUUAAUCAACAAUAUGGCAAAAUCCCAUAUGCAGAAAAACGUAAGCCUCCAUAUGAGGAGAUGUCAUUUUCGAAGAGUUUGGGAAAUGAAGAAAUUACAAGAAAAUAAGAUAAAUUAUUAUUUAUUUUAUUGAUUGAUUAUGAAAAUGAUGACACUUUGGAUAUGUUGAAGAACUUAAUAAAAUAUAAGAAAGAAUAUUUUAUCUAACUGCAAAUUGCUGUAUUAGGACACAUCAGAGCGGAGUCUUGGACCAAACUUUUCUAAGCCUUCAUGGAGAAACAUAAAUUACAUGAGGAUGCCUUAGACGGCACUAUUGAAACAUGGUUCCCAGUUGAAGACAAAAUUGGAUCAAUUUCAUUUAGUGCUAUUCUCAGUAAAAUGUAUGGUAUGUGUUUGGAAAAGAGGGAUUGUAUGUUAGUUGAUUUGGAUAAUCAAGUUCGGGUUAUUGAUUCAAGUAGAAGGAUUAUUCCUAAGAUUUCUUAGAUUUUGAAUGAUCUACAAAACAAAAAUUAAAUCUAAGAGUAAGAAUCUAUAAACUAUUUGAAAUCCUAUUAGCAAUUUAAGAAAUCUAUUCGAGACAAUCCAUAAUUGUAGGAAUUGACUCAGAAAAUAAAGGAACAAUGCAAAGAUGAUGACUGUUUGAUUGUCUACGAGUAAAGAAAAGCCAAAAUUUGGGAUUUUGAGGGUUCAAAUUUGAACGAAUCUAGAAAAUAUUAAUAGCCUACCAAAAUUCUCAGAUUGAUACCGAAAACAUCAGAAAUAGAUGAAUUCACUUAAAUUAUUUCCAAUUCGGAUUUCUUAAAGUUGAAAUGA